GGAAGGAGUAAUGUGGGCCAACCAUAGAAUUCCAGCCCCCUGGUAUGGUGACUGGUUCAGGGAUGAGCAUGUGGCCUAGGUUAGGAUCAAUCAGAAUGACCCCAAGGACUGUGCAGGAACCAAGAAGUGAGUCUCCCUGUUUCUGUUGUGGUCAGAACAAUAGACCUGCUUCCCAUUAUGGAAGAGCCUGAGGCUAACCCCAAAGAAGUGGGGCAGAAGGACAGAAACUGAGUCUUGAUAGCAUAUUGACUCCAGCCAUGCCUGAAACCAGCAUCACCACUGAUCUUUCAAUUACAUGGGCCAAUGCAUAUGUAUUCAUAUGCACUGACUUUGCUUACUCAGAACCAAAAUAAUUGUAAUGGGCAUAGCCCUAAGCUCAGGUUACAGAGAAGAGAAAGCGCUAGACUGGGGUGAUAAAUAAACCUGGCCUCAGAUCCUGGCACUAUCACAGGAUAGCUGUGUGAGUUUGAAUAAGUCACUUAGGUUCUACAAGCCCCAGUUUCCUCAUCUACAAAAUGGACAGAAUAAUUCAUGAGCUGAUGUAUAUGAAAAUUCAGGCUUCGUGAAUAUUGGUAGACUCCGUGGCACUUGUACUUGAUGGGGUGGGAGACUCUGAAGCAUUCUGGGCAGACAAUUCGCUCUAAGGAAAAUGUGCAUUGUGUUCAUUAGCCUGGGUGCAGUACAGGCUGGAUAGAGGGAAUGAUGCCCACCCAGGGAGCCCACUGCAUGCUGCGCUCCAGGUGGAGAAUAUACACCACACCCCAUGGGUGCAGUGUCAGAUGUUGAGUAGAGAGCUGAGGCCUCUUUCACACCAUGGACUGUGCCUGCCAGAGGCUGCUAGAAAAGAAGUCACCUGCACUUCCACCGCUUUUCCUCCAGUAAAAUAGAUAAACAGCCCCUACCCUCUUUCUCCAGGACUGGGUGGAGCAUUAACUAUGAGCUCUACAAACUACUUUGUACUCCCUGUGGAAAAGCUGCUAUGUAGCUAUAAGGGGUGAUUAAUUUUAUGUCUCUAAAUGUCUUAGUAUCAUUUGCCAAAAUGAUGAUUUAUUAUUUAGACAACCUUUAUAUUUCCAAGGGGCUUUAAAACCAUUUAUAGCGGAGAAUGAAAUAAAACUGAUUAGGGCCCUGAAAAACAGGAGUGGUGAAGAAAUGCACAAGGAGCUGGGGGUUAUUUAUCCAGAACCUGAGAAGGCAGAUGAAGGACACAGCAAGAAUCGUCAAUUAGAGAGGCCCGUAUCUUGCCCCUAUGUAAUCAGAGGAAAAGAAAUGAGACAAAAAAUGGCAAAGCACCCGGACUGAUUUGGGAUAGACAUCAAAAUGGUAACAGGAAGAACUUCCUAAGUGUAUACUGCUUCUAAGUUAGUCAUCUAAAAACAUUUUCCAGCACCUUUUAUGUUCUAAUACUAUCUGGAAGAAAAUGUAAUAUAGAAAGACAAUGCAGAUAUGGUCAAAGAAUUACUAUAUUCUUCAAGCAAUGCCAGAGGAUGAAAAACAUGGUAGAAAACUGGGAGGUAAACGUAUUAUUUCUUUAAGGAAGAAAAAGUGAACACUACAUGCCAUAAAGCCAAGCCAUGGUGGAAGAUGGAGACUGGAGUAUAUUUGUAUACAGAGGAAAUAAUGGAGAUGGCCUGGAGACACCAUGGGUUGAGUAAGAACCACCAAAUAUAUAUCCCUUCCUUCUUGAAAGUCUUCCCAGGCCCCUAGAUGAUGGUGUAUCUGAAUCUCGGUUAAGUACUUCAUGAAAUGGCGGAUCAGAUGGAGAGCUCUGGGCAGAGACAAGUACAAAUUGGUGGAUUCGCAGCUGGCAGAACAGUAGCCAAAGAGGGCCCAAUGGAAAGCAGCAUCUCCUGUGAGAUUUCACAGGCUCUGUUCUCUUUGGCAUUUUCAUCAACCACUUGGAUGAAACCCUGCAAGGGACACUCAUCCAAUCUCAACUGCUGGGACGCUCAGCCAAAACCAACCAGAUGAAAUGAACAGUCCUGCAUGCUUAGGUUCAAAACGAUCCCAUCAGAGCUAGAAUAGAUCUGGCUUGAUUGGCACUGAUGUUGCCAAACUGCAGACCAACCGCCAAGCUUGUGGAGUUGAUUGACAGAUGAUCUCCUCACCUCCAGUGUGCCCUCCUUGGACCAGGAUUCACCAACAGGCCAAUGAUCAUUUCCUUUGGUUUUGAAGGUGUAACGCCUUGAACCCUUGGGCCUACUAGAGGAAUAGACACAUGCCACUGUGGUCAUUGACCUAGGGCCUGCCUGGGCUUUGUCUCACAUGACAACUUCAAGUGAUUGCUUGUGUUCCUGUUAUCUACUGUGUGUAACAAAUCACCCUGAAAAUUCAGUGGCUUGGGACAAUAAUGUUUUAUUAUGCCUCACAGUUCUGCAGGUUGAUUGGGCUCCACUGGGUAAUUCUCACCUGGGCUUGCUCAGAACGUUGCAGUCAAUGUUGGUAGAAGAUACAGUCACGAAAGCUCUUCCCAGUUUGACGCCCAAAUGGCCCACUCAUAUGGCCAGCAGUUGGUUCUGGCUGGUAUUUGGGAGGUCACCUGGGGCUGUCAACCCUCCACACAUGGCUUGGGCACAUUACAACAUGGAAACUGGGUUCCCAGAGUGAGUAUUCUAAGAGCAAGUUCCCAGAGAUCCAGGUGGGAGCUGUGAGGCUGCACAUGACCUAGCAUCAGAAGUCCCAGAACAUCACUUGUGUCAUAUUUUAUUGGUUGAGUGAGUUACCAAGACCAGGCCAGAUUCAAGGGGAAGGGCAUAAGCCUCUACACUGGAACAGGCCCAUUGCUGAAGCACACGUGAGAUGGAAGAUAUUGUUGGAGCCAUCCUUGAACAACAUAAUGGGCCACAAGUUUGAAAAGAUGAACACUGUAACGAAAAGGAUUGCAGUUGGCAAGGGUACACAGUGCUGCUGUGUGUCAUACCCUGCAAAGCCCAGACCUAGACCCUUUAAGUCCAAUGUGCACCAACUGGCACUCUGCCCCAGCAUGUUCACCAUCUGGUCUCCACCUUCCAGUCUCCUUCCAGAAACCCACUUGCCUCCCGGCACUUGACCCCCAGCUGGUCCUGUCUCACUGCCAUCUCCACCCUGGCAUGCCAUAUCAACAGGAAUUAACAGCUUCCCCAUGCUUGACACACAAAGAACCAACCACCAGUCAGUCCACUGCAAAAGCCCAGUAUUACAAAACAACAACAACAACAACUACUACAACAAGUAUGAUUCUUUUUGCAAAUAUUCAAAGAAAACAUCCAAGGAAAUCCUAUUUGCUUUGGAUUACUGUGUGAGUUUGCAAGCUGAAGCAUUCAGUGGUUCAUAAAGUUUGUGUAGAUGCUGGGGGAAGGGUGGACGGAAGGCCUUCAGCAUCUGUACUAAUAGAUCAUGUCCUCUGCACCGUGGCUCCCCACUCCCCUGCCUGUUGUCUCUCUGCUACUGCAGGCAUCUGUCUGUGACAUCAUAGCGUGUUGCCAUGGAAAAUGAUGCUAUCACCAACUUCUGACUUCAGGCAAUAAAAUAUGUUUGUAUUUACAAUUUCUUGAGAAGACAUCAGUGUGGAUCUUCACAUGUAUGAUGUUCAGUGGGACACUUAGCAGUUUCCUGAGUAUUCACUAUGUUCCAUGCAACUGAUUGUCUUGCGAGAAUAGUAGAAAGAACCUGCCUUGAUUUUGGCCAAGCUGGGUCUUGACCUCCUUGUCUGUGAAAUGGAAAUGAGAAGGCUUAGCCUUUUGGGUUAUUGCAAGGCAUCCAUGAAGAGUUAGGUGUUGCAGAGUCUGAGGCAAGGCAGGUGCCCAGCAGGUAGGCCUUCUCUUCUCCCAGUCCCCCAGAGCUGACUUAAAGAGUAUGUGUGGCACAUUUCAGCAAGAGCCCUGGCAGGUGCUGGGGGGGCUGAAAUGGCAGUUAGAAAUCCUAAGCUCCCAAGACAGCCAUGAUGAUAUCAAUUCUGCUGCCCCUUGGUCCCCUCCCUCCUUUCUUUCUCUGUCCUCUCUCUCCUCUUUGUCUGGUUCUGCCCAGAAAGGGCCAUAUGAAGCAGCCCCACUCCACCUCCCUCUCUCUUCCUCCCUGUUUUCCUCCCUCCUUUUCUUUCCUUCCUCUCUCCAUCCACCUCUCCCUCCCUCGUUCUUUCCUUCCUAUCUUCCCACACUCAGCAAUCCAGAGCCUGCCCUUCCUUUAGUCCAGAAAGAUCUCUCUCCCACCAUCCUGGGCACUCAUGCUAUAGUUCCAGUGGCCCCAUCCAAGCAGAUUCAUCAGCCCUGGAUGCUGAAGGGAGGCUCUGAGGAUUGCACAGGGACUUCCUUCCAGCCAAGAGUCAAAGCCCCCCUUUCCCCACCCCUACCUCCAGGGACUGCUACAGAAAUGUGCUGGUUUUCUCAUCUCAAAUGUGCUGUUUCUGGAAACAUCUUGUUCCUUCCAAUUCUCAAGUCCAGAGUGACUUCCUCCACCCUAUCCCUUCUCCUGUGCAAGUUCGGCCCUCUCCAUUCACCACACCCACUGUUUACAGAAGAUACUUCCCUUCUGGGAGACCCUGGCCUGUCCUUGUUUUCUGGACACUUCUCUCUAAAUUUGCUUCCUCCAUUAAGGAGGCAGAUGGACGUUCACCCCAUUUCUCAGCUGGUGUAUGGGUGCGGCCACUGGAGAGGGGAAGGGAUGCAUCACCUCCAGGCUGAGGGAGAGGCCAAGAUGACUGCUCAAGGCCCAUACCUCAAGAACAACCAAGUGAAGAUGGGCACCUGGUCUCUGAGACACCGCCCCCGCAAGGAGCACCAUUCUACACCCGUCAUGGUUUUGAAGGAGGUCACUGAGAGGACAUGACCACUGGCUGACCCACAAGCUGGACCUGGGCAGUGGAAGGUCCUCAUCCCCUCUUCCCCUGUCCUUGGAAUGUACACUCUGCCCGUGUCCCCACGGUGGGGGCCAUUUUCAAGGACACAGUCUUGAGAGAGCAAUGUGUUGUUGAGACUAUCUGCAUGGUAUACAUAAUGGAACCCCAUCAAGGACCCUAUAUAAACUUGUUAAGAGUCUGGUGGAGAUCGAUGUGUCUUGAAGCACCCAAGACAAACCUCACACAUAAGUUCCCUUAUUAAACCUGCCACCUACCUA